UCGGCCGCGUCCAUCACUCGCCGUUCCCUCCUAAUGAAUGCGCUCGGACACACCUUCCGGGCCCGGCGGAGAGGCGAGGCGACGAGUUCGUCGGCCCCCCGAGCCGCUCCGCUUUUCCCUCGCUUCCCCUCGGGGAGGCGCCCCGUCCCGCCCCGUCGCGGCCCCUCGCUAUGCUGCCCGGCGCCCUGCGCUGGGACCUGGCGGGCUCCUCCGCCCUGCUCGACCUGCCCGCCGCGCCGGGAUUCGGCAACCUGGGCAAAAGUUUCCUCAUCGAGAACCUGCUGCGGGCCGGGGCGCCACCAGGCCCCGCGCAGCUGCGGCCGCUGCCCGCCAGCCCCGUCCCGCUCAAGCUGUGCCCCGCGCCCGGGCAGGGCGGGCCCUGCGCCGCCAGGUGCGCCUGCCAAGCGCCGGGGCCCUGCGCGCCCGCCAGGGGCGGCCUCCCGCCCGCGGCCACAGCUCUUUCCAAACACUUUUUUCUCCGAGCCCCGCCAUUCUACUCAGCAUGCUGCGGUGGGUCCUGUCAGCACCCUGCAUCCCCCACUGCUUUUCCAAGAGAGGAAAGUGUCCUGCCUCUUCUGACCCAGGAGUCUAACUCCAAAGCUCGGAGAGGUAUAUUAAGAAGAGCUGUCUUUUCCGAAGACCAGAGGAAAGCUUUGGAGAAAAUGUUUCAGAAACAGAAGUACAUCAGUAAAACAGACAGGAAGAAACUGGCCGUUAACCUGGGUCUGAAGGAGUCUCAGGUGAAAAUUUGGUUUCAGAAUCGAAGGAUGAAAUGGCGAAACUCCAAAGAAAAAGAAGUACUUUCAAACAGGUGUCUCCAAGAAGAAAGUCUACAGGAGAACUACCUCUCACGAUCCACCGUGAAUUUUACCUCCCCGUGCCCAUCUAUGUGGGAAGUGUCGCAGGAGCAGGCAAGUCCAAGAUGGAGGGAGAAUUCUCCAGGAAAUUCUGAAAGACUGACCAGUGCACAACCACCUCCAAGAGCAAAUUCAUCACAGAGCUCCCUGUAUUUGUAUCCUGACCAAGACACAGUGAAUAAGGCAGUUACAUCAUCAGCCUAAGGAAACAAGGGCAGUUUGUAAAUUGAGUGGAGAGCACAGGCUUCAAAUGAGCAAUCUUCUAAGACUAACAAUAUUUGGACAUUGUAAAGCUAACUAGUUUAUGCCUCAUAAAUUUGCUAAAGUCUAACACCAUUAAAAUGACAAACAACUAAUGAUUUAAGAAGUGUUCUUCCAUACUCAGUCUUUUCUUGUGUCUUAUCCAGUCUUGUACUGACCUUAAAAGUCAAAUAGGAUCUGAUGGUAAGUAAAAUGAAGCGAAGAGCAUGAAGCUGAAGUCAUGCUGUGGUUUAUACAUCUGUAUACGAUAUUCAUUAAAAACACACUGAUAGAGAAUCACUUUUUUCUCUCAUUGCAGUCAGAUCAAUUAAUUUCUUUAGUGCACCAGAUGAGAAUAACCAAGUUUCCCUCAAGAUUGUAAGUUCCUUUGGGUUCUUUGUGAAAUUCAGUAAACGACACAAUAGGUUCGUAUUAGACAUAUGUAAGCAUUUUUAGUAUGCUUUCUCCAUCUGUCCUCAUCUGUAUCAGUAUUCAGUUAGGUUAAAUAGCAUGGUCACAGGUUAGCUGAUAUCCCUGGUAAAGUAUGCAAUACUAAAAGACAACCAACCAACCCUAUAAAACAUUCCAUGCAUCGCUUUGAUGUGUAUACUGAACGUAUACUGGGAAACACAAUUCACUAACUCCUGGCUUUUCUCCUAGGGAUGAACUGAACUCUGAAUUUCAGUGGCUUUUGUCAGACUGUUAGUGAAAUUUCUUGCAAUGCCUUCUGUAUUUCAGAACUGUGAUGGCAGUGUGCAGAAUUGUUGCCCAAAUGCACGAAGCAACAGGACUAUAACUGGAAAAACUGCUACUAUAGCCAUCUCUGAGAAGUACUUAAGGUGAUGGCAUAAUGCAGUAGCCUUUUUCCUGACUUAGUCCUAUUUAAACUGGUGCCAAUAAGUACACAUUGGCAUAUGUCUGUAUCAAAGACAGGACAGUAUUCCGUGUAAUACAGGUAGCUUCAAAUAAUAUUAUUAAAACUGCUUUGCUUAAAAUGAUUUGCUUCCUUCAUCCACUUUAAGGAAAUCACUCUGUGGAUUGAGGUAUAAUUUUUUGUUUAUUUGAAAGGCUUUGUAGCUUGAAAUGGGAGCAGAACUUUUUCGUCUUUAUCACACUUUCUUGAAUGCAUUUGUUGAGAAGAAAGAACAAAGGUAUAUUAUGUUACAGGCAAAACCUUUUGAUGAACAUUAUAGUUUUAUCAGGACUAUUUAAUUUCUGUCAGAUUCAUAUAUUUUAUAGUCAAAAGAGAUGAUUAUGAUAAUGUAGUCUAGCUUUCCUCGUCAUGCAUACCAUGAAUGUUUCUAAUUAUUCUUUCCUUGAGGUCCAGAGCUUUUUGAACUGUAUCAUACGCCUUUCAAAAAGCCAUACAAUUGUUAUUUAACAUUUUACCUUUUGGUGGAUGAUUUACUGUUCCCCUUGUUAUGUUGUAUUAUCUGGGAGGUGAAAUUCAGAUAAAUUUGCAGCUAAAAAACUUGAGACUGAAGUGAUGAGACUUGUAUCAAAAACUUGAUGCAUGAUAGGUGAGUUUUGUAUCCUGCCUUGUGCUUGUCCUGCCUUCUAAGUGGCGAACUGUGCAGUGCUACUUUUGCACUGUUUGCCACUCUUUGCACGUUAUUUCGUAUGCUUGUUUUAAAGAAAAAAGAAAUUACAGAAAAAUUAGGAAGUCAUCUCUUGCUGUGGUUACAAACCCUCAUUAGCGUAAUGAUAGCCUAGAUACCUACCUUCAGAAGGCACUUGAACACACUUAGUAGGGCAUGUUACACACUAUUUAAUAAUGUGAGUUUAUUCUUCUCUUGCA